AUGAAGGCAUCCAUUUUAAAAUCCGAGUUUGAUCCCCCCACCGAGUUGAUCCCCCACCUGGUAGAUCACUACGCCAAGACAACCCCAGAAGAAAUAUACGCAGAAUACCCCAUUUCUCCCACUAGCUACGAUGAUGGCUACCGCCCGAUCACCUACCGUUCCUUCGCGAACGCAAUCAACGGCAUGGCUUGGUGGCUGAUCAAAACCCUGGGUCCGGGCCGAGGCGAGAUACUGACUUAUAUCGGCCCCCAUGACGUGCGAUACCCAGCUCUGGUUCUGGGUGCAGUCAAAACCGGUUACAGUUUGUUUCUCACUUCCCCACGAAACAGCGUGGCAGCCCAUCAAAGCUUGUUCCAGGGCCUGAACUGCACGAAAAUCCUGGCACCUAGCCCGUGUCCGGCUGCGGUUACUGCGAUUCGAGAGGCGAUCCCGAUGGAUAUUUUUGAGGUUCCUAGCGUUGAGCAUCUGCUAGAUAUCGAACACCCUCAUUUCGAAUUCUUGAAGACAUAUCCGGAACAUGCCGAGGAAAAGCUUGUCAUUGUGCAUACCUCGGGCUCAACCGGCAUCCCAAAGUCCAUUGUCUACACCCAUGAUGCUGCGGUCAGGCAUAUGCGCAUGAAUUCUCUGGGGCCUCCGGACGGGUUCGACGGUCAAACUACCUGGAUCAACGGGAAGAGGGAGUUUGUGCCACUGCCACCAUACCAUGCCGCAGGUCUAGCCCAUCUCCUGUUCUUUAUACCUGCGAAAACCACGAUCAUCUGUCCCACAUCUAGCGUGCCAACCGCAGCAGGACUAGUCGCUGCCUCCAAGAAGACUCGCCUUGAUGUGGCCAUGGUUUCUCCUGUGAUGUUGCAGGAACUGGCCCAGAAUGCUGAGCUGUUAGAGGAAUGCAGCCAGAAUAUCACGCGCCUUAUGUACAGCGGAGGGAAUCUUCCUGACCAGCUCGGUGACAGAAUCGCCUCCAAGUUCAAAUUGGCUAACCAAUUCGGUGCCACAGAGGUGGGUAUGUUGAAUUCUAUUCAAUCCAAGAGAAGAGAUCCCCAAAAAGACUGGCAAUAUACCCAGUUCAACCCGGCUGUGGGGCCCGAGUUUCGUCGAGUCACAGAAACCGAGUAUGAGCUUGUUAUAGUUCGUUCCCCUGCUCUCGAAGCACACCAGUUCACGUUUGCAUUAUUUCCCGAGCUGCAGGAAUAUCAUACAAGAGACCUUUGGAGGAGACACCCAGACCCAGACAAGGCCGACUUUUGGCAGUGGAGUGCCCGGCUGGAUGAUGUGAUUGUCUUUUUGAACGGGGAGAAAACAAACCCUAUCUCCAUGGAACAGGCUAUUUUGUGUGCUAACCCUGAGGUUUCUGUUGCGCUGGUAGCUGGUGCGCAGCGCUUCCAAGCCUCUCUUUUGAUUGAACUCGCAGAACCUAUAUCAUUGAACCCUGCUGAGAGAGCUGCAUGUAUUGAGCGGAUUUGGCCGUCCAUCCAAGAGGCAAAUACAGUCUGUCCGGCACACGCUCGCAUUGCGAAAACGCAUGUCCUCUUUACACGGCCGGAGAAGCCACUUCCCCUUUCUGCAAAGGGAAUUGUGCAGCGCUCGGCAGCGCUGUCGCUCUACAGGGAAGAGCUUGACGCCUUGUAUGCUGAUGCCGAUCGUUUGUCGUCCCCAGCAGACGGCGAGUCUAUCGGUCCAGGUCGUGUGAGUGACCCACAGAUUGUGUCAGACUUUAUCCAACACUGCGUGUCCACCAUCACUGAAUGGGAUAUGAAUCUCCACGUCUCGGAGAACUGGUUCCAUCUAGGCAUGGACUCUCUCCAAGCCAUGACGGCAGCACGACAGCUCCGACAAGGCUUUCAAAUAGGCUAUCAUUCAACUCACAAACAACCAACCAACCACCCACGAAGAAACCAUACACAAACAGCUCGAAGAAAGAUACAACCUCCUACAAUACUUCCAAAGCCAACUAACCACCACCCCAACCAAUCAUCCCCCCAGAGCCCCCCAAACCACAAAAAACACACCAUCAUCCUCACCGGCUCCACCGGAACCCUAGGAACCUACAUGCUCUCCAUCCUCCAAAACCACCCCUCCGUCGCCCACAUCAACUGCUUCAACCGCAAACCCACCAGCCAAGCCACCCAACACCAAAAAUCCACCCUCCACCACCUCCUUCCUCCCUCCCAAUCCCAAUCCCUACCUCUCACAACGUUCCACACCAUCGACCUCACCCACCCAACCCUCAACCUCGACCCAAAAACCUACACCACCCUGCAAGCCACCACAACCCUAAUCAUCCACAACGCCUGGCCCGUCAACUUCAACCUCUCCCUCUCAUCAUUCACCCCGCAACUCGCCGGCGUAACCAACCUCAUCAACUUCGUUUCUUCAUCCCCCACCCCACCACACAUCUUCUACAUAUCCUCCAUCAGCUCAGUCAUGAACCACCACCCGAGCCAUAUCCCAAUCCCGGAGGAGAUUGUCCACACCCCAAGUCCCUCGAAAACAGGCUACGCAGAUAGCAAAUACAUCUCCGAACACCUCCUCUACCACGCAGCCCGUACCCACCACGUCCCUGUAUCCAUCGCCCGGGUAGGCCAAAUCGCCGGCGCGGUACAUACCCCGGGGAUAUGGAACAGGGAUGAGUGGUUUCCGAGUUUGGUUCGGAGUUCGUUGGAGGUGGGGGCUGUGCCGAGGGAUAUUGGGCCUUUGGGGAGGGUGGAUUGGGUGCCGGUGGAUUUGGUGGCUGAUGUUUUGGUGGACUUGGCUGUUGGGGAUAAGGGGGAGUUGGAAUGGUAUAAAGGGGGAGGAGAGGUGGAGGUUGUGUCGUUUGGGGAGUGGGUGGGACGGGUGAGGGAGGUGGUUGAGGGUGUUGCGGAGAGGGGAGGUGAGGCAAUUAGGGAUGAGAUGGAGAAGAACCCUGCUGGGAAGUUGUUAGGGUUUUUUGAGGAUGCGGUGUCUGGGUGUGGUGAUCCGGGGAGGGUCUUUGAGACUAAGCGGACGGCGGAGAGGAGUGGGAAGUUGAGGGCUGUGGAGGGGGUGAAGGCAGAGUGGGUGAGGAAGUGGGUGAGGGAGUGGAUGGGGGAUGUUAAGGAGAGGGGUUAG